UCGAUCAUUAGGAUACCUGAAACUGUUAGCAUGCUUGAAACACCUGAACUUCAUGAAAGAGGGAUCCAUGCCUCUCCUUGAGAAAGAGUAUCAGUCAGAAAAGAGCAGAGAAGGGAGCCCCAAGGCAUGUAAGGGGCAUCUGAAGGGAGGAAAACAAUAUCGGCCUUGUGGUUGGCCAAUGUACAGGAGAAGUAGGGUAGGCAGCGACGCACGUCCAAGUAGUCAUACCACAUCAGAGAAAGUAGAAAAGUCAGGUUGCACAGCAUGGCAUAAAGAGAGUAGCUGUCAGUCACAUGACCUUAUGCAAUUGUAGGGACGGUGUGCCCUCUACAGGUCAAAUGUUAAACAUGUCUUUUUCAAUUUCAAACUUGGUAUUCUAUAGGAUAAUCAAAAUUAUUGUCUAGUUAUUAUCACAAUUUAAAACACUCUGUUGGAUAGUGUAACUUAACUUCUUUAGAUGACCUUUUUUUGUAAUUGCCAAUAAAAUUUAUGGAGUUUAAUUUUUUUAAAUGCAAAUGUAGCUUUUAAGGGGAAUGAAAACUUAAAUAAGAUAGUUGUGUUCAGGCCCAAUCUUAACAGAAAGUAACGGUCAACUCAGAAAAUCUAUACUUUUAAUAUGUACCAUAUUAAACUUUCAGUUUUAUCGUCCCUACUCCUUCUUGGGCAACUGCACUGUUUCUAGGGUAGAUAGUGCCGUAAUGUAUCCUGUACGAUAGCAUCCAGGCUGGGUGGGUGAACAAAGUCCCACGUCCUCCUCGGAAGCUGCACUCACAACCAGGAGAUGACUCUUUAAGGUUGCAUGGUGAGUGACAUAUUUGGAUGCUUUGCUUAGCUCUGUAAAAUUUUGUGUUUCCCUUUCUGUGGUUAAUCACAUUUAAUUUAUGCCUGAAAAUAAAGAAUUAUUUAUGUGCAGAAGAGGUGGAGUUUGCUUGUUUGCUUGUGAGGUGUGGGUUGGACAGAAAUCACAUGACAAAAUAAGGAUGAGAGUGGCUCAAACAUUUGAACUUAUAAAGAACUGUUUCCAUCUAUGACAGUCUUCCAGGUGACAGGAUGAUUUACACAGCCUCUGACCCUGACAAGUAAUAGACCACAUCUGAUGCCAGAACAUAUUACACACCUAAGAGGCAGCACGGCAGCAUAAACGUUGUAUUUUCCCUUCUCUUUGCUAUUUCUAAGUAGUUCUUUCAGCCACCGAGUCAUAUGACUUUUUCCUUUGGGCGAUGGCUUCAUCUCCCCCAAUUCUCCGAACAGAUAAAAUCAAACACUCUAGAACCAGCGAGACACUGCGUUUCUGUUGUCUGUAAGCUGACAUGAGGCGAACAGCGAGUGUCCGGAGGUUUAUUCAUUCUGCUCUCUCCGUGUUGAAGCAGGAAAAGCCUUUUCACUUGGCUGCCUUUGAAGAGGUACUCAGACUGCCAUGGCCUCUAAAGAUUCACAGAAUCAAAAGCCUGAAAGUCUGCCUGGUUUUCUUCCUGGAGCCACAAACCCGGAUCAACACUCUCGAGCAGCUUCUUCUCAUCCCAGGAAACAAGCAAGGCAGCAGCCUAAUGAACCUCAGCCAAGUAGUUUCCUGCCAACAGCCAGUCUCCCCCCUGGUCUAGAAUAUUUAAGCCAGUUGGACCUGAUAAUCAUCCAUCAGCAAGUGGAACUUCUUGGGAUGAUACUUGGCACUGAGACCUCCAACAAAUAUGAGAUCAAAAACAGCUUGGGACAAAGAAUUUACUUUGCAGUGGAGGAAAGCAUCUGUUUUAAUCGUAAUGUGUGUUCCACGCUGAGAGCCUGCACCCUGAGGAUCACAGACAACUCGGGUCGAGAGGUGAUUACAGUGAACAGGCCCCUAAGGUGUAACAGCUGCUGGUGCCCUUGCUACCUACAAGAGCUAGAAAUUCAAGCCCCUCCUGGUACUACAGUUGGUUAUGUUGCACAAAAGUGGGACCCCUUUCAACCCAAAUUCACAAUCCAAAAUGCAAACAAAGAAGAUAUUUUGAAAAUUAUUGGUCCCUGUGCAACUUGUGGCUGUUUUGGCGAUGUGGACUUUGAGGUGAAAACUGUGGAUGAAAAGUUUACAAUUGGGAAGAUUUCCAAGUACUGGUCCGGAUUUGUCAAUGACGUAUUCACCAAUGCUGACAACUUUGGGAUACAUGUUCCUGCCGACCUCGAUGUGACACUCAAAGCAGCAAUGAUUGGCGCUUGCUUUCUCUUUGACUUUAUGUUCUUUGAACAUUCACUUGCUGGAUUAUAACAAGCACAGUGACAAAAACAAUAAAAUAUGCAGAACACAUUUCAAUGUCCCUUGGGCUCCGAAUUUAAUUUUGAAUGGCCUGAACAUUUGAAUUUUUAUAACUAAAUGUUAAUUAUUAUAUUUAUUAAAACACGGUGUAAUGAGACAAUUACCUGGUCGUGAGUGCACGAUAGCUAAAUACGCAAUUACUAGUAUGAGUACAAGGUUACUUUGGGAGAUUACCAUUCUCGUUUCAUCCUUUUGAAGUCACUGCAAUGGUGAGCAUGAAAGAUGAGAGCUAAGGCUUGCAGCAUCACUGAUGGGGAUUCAAUGUUUAGAGAACACUUUGAAGUGUCUCUGCUACUAAGGGUGGUU